AUGGCGCGGCUUCGCGCUCUCGGCUUGGUUGCUUCUGUUAUUCUCGUUCUGCUCUGCCAGAGUGGUUCAGAAGCUGUGCGUUUGGCGCCCACCACUCCCACCACCGCCACUCCUGGCAAUGCCACCGCUAGUGGCGGCAACGCCGCUACCAGCAAGCCUGCCGGUGAUCCGAAGGGUAAGACGUUUCAUAUCGUACUUGGAAUGGGAGCUGAGUGGGGCAAGAGGAGCAAGACGACCGAUUAUGAUACCAUUGUGUUUGAGAAUGGGGGAUACAUUGAGGUAAAGAGGCUGUAUCGGUUUCCUUCCGAAGAAGCCUAUAAGAAGUGCAAUUACAAGGGUGCAACACUGCUGGCAAAAUUUCAGGCAGCAGGCGAGAAAUACAGCGCCUUGCCAUUGUCCACCUCGCAGGAGGCAUUGAAUUUGCAUAGCGAGCUGCACAUGGCUGCCACAGGGUGCGGGGGGCGGGAUGAGAGGGGCGAGUGGCAUGCUGGGAGACACUCGGCCAUGUCACAGGGGUUUGGCGGGGCUGUGAGGCAGGGCGUGCAUGCAUGGAGGGCUGUGAGGCAGGGCGUGCAUGCAUGGAGGGCUGUGAGGCAGGGCGUGCAUGCACGUAGGGGGCUCACUCUGUAUGGAUGA